AUGCGAUGUUUGCAAGGCCCAAUCCUCUUCUGCCAAGCUCAGCAGCCGGACAGAGAGGACUUAAAUUCUUGUUACCAUAGUGGGGAGUAUUUGUGCCAGCCCCAUCCCAAUCUAGAUUACAUCGCCCUUGCUAGCAAAACCAUGCUUAGCGAUGUUGGAUCAACGACCUAG